GAAAGCACGACAUGCGCGCUCCUAAAUACCGUUGUCACGAUCGCAAGGAGCGAAUAGGGAAGGCUCGCGAUGCUUGCGGACGUUACGCAAAUGCGCGGGUGCGCUGCGAAGCGUGCCACUUCUUGACGAAAGGAGGAGUUUGCGCGAGUAAAUUGACAGGUGCGGGUUCCCCGCCGCUCUGCCGCGCUGUUUCACCGCCACUGGCCCUUUAUUUUGACGGCGAGUGCGGAUAUUUCCCAUCGUGUGAGAAAGCUCUAACGGGACGCAAUGGUUGCGUCUUUAUUUACGCGAUUCGUGGAUGUUCAAGAGCGUGGUCGUAGUACUGCACGUACACCUCUGUGCAGUAUCCACGCCGGCGGGCGAACUCGCAACAAUUUGGGCUUUGAACGCGAUAAAGCAGGCAAGUGCGAUAAAGCAUGCGUUUCAUGGCACGGUGUCUGCACGAGCAACUUUUCCGCCGUUACGGCGCGGCCGGAUGUCGCAAACGCGACGCCUUGGUACGGACAGGUUGCUUAUUUAAAACAGGAUUUCACAGGAAACCUGUUUCAAGAUUCUAAUCAGUUUUAAGCGGCCUCGCGAUGCGUGCAGCGUGGAGUUUUUCCUGAAACAUUUGUUUCAAGGAUCGCGAGGACAGUUGAUUUACGGUUCUCGAAGCUAUUGUUGUCGACGGUAGCAGCGUCCAAGGCCGUCUUCUGAACGGCGUUAUUCAUCGGGUGCGACGUGUGGGCGAGAUCGGCGCCUCAUCUUCUCAUGUAUCUGGCCUGUUUUCAUUUCCUGUAGAGAACUACGCGCGGUGGCCAGCGACGCGUUCACCUGCGAAGCGAAUGGAUCAUCGACUCGUUCAGUGAUGUUUGCAACCGCAAAUGCGUCGACGUCGGAAGAGUGAUACAACGCGCAUCGCCUCUUUCUGUUGGCUGCUAAGGAGGCCAAGGUCAGCUGCCGUGGCGUGAUGCAGGAGGCAUCGAGUCGAGGGGACACGGCGGUCAGCAUGCCCAGUCUGCAGCAACCACUUGGCGGCAGCGGCCAUUGCUCGGAUCGGGACUCGGUGCCAUCGAGGGAAUCCUCACCAGUCCCUGCCGCGCCCACGUCACCUUCGCCAUCUCCCCUCACGCCUACCGACACCCAGACACAAGCCCAACUUGAAGCUGACAAGAGGGCCGUUUACAAGCACCCCCUGUUCCCUCUACUGGCCCUCCUCUUUGAGAAGUGUGAGCGAGCCACUCAAAGUGCCGAGGCCCCCUGUUCUGAAAGCUUCAGCUCGGACAUCCAGGCGUUCGUGCAGCACCAAGAACAGGACCGCAAGCCUUUCUUCAGCGACGAUCCUGAAGUGGAUGGCCUGAUGGUGAAGGCAAUCCAGGUGCUACGCAUCCACCUGCUGGAGUUGGAGAAGGUGCAGGAGCUGUGCAAGGAUUUUUGCAACCGCUACAUUGCGUGCCUCAAGAGCAAGAUGCAGAGUGAGAACCUGCUCCGAUCCGCCGACUUUCCAGGCUCGGGGUCCCAGUGCGAAGGCGGCGGCAGCAUGAGCGACACGGCUUCCUCGUCUUCGUGCUCUUCGCCCCCACCACCAGUGGCCAGCAACCCAUCUCCCCCUCCCGCCCACUCUCUUGUCACUGCCACUCAGGGCAACUGCCUCUCGUCUUCUGCUCUGAGCUCUGGUCAGGUGGUCUCGGGGGGAACAGUGUUCCAAGUUGUGCAGACCACGGCUGGGUUCGUGGCACAACCCAUUCAGAUCCAAACAAGUGCAACUCUGCCUGUGAUAGCGUCAAUCCAUGGUGGGACACCAUUGUCUCAGAUUGGUGCAAACCUCUCCUCCUCUAACCAAGACCAUCGAGUCUCUAACCUCGGUCCAAGGGCUCUCUCAUUAAGCGGCGAUGACGAAGACGAGGACAUCUUGGGCUCCAAGAAGAAACAGAAGCGUGGAGUUCUGCCGAAGCAGGCGACAAGCAUCAUGCGCUCCUGGCUGUUCCAGCACAUUGUGCACCCCUAUCCCACUGAAGAUGAAAAGAGGCAGAUAGCAGCUCAGACUAACCUGACCCUUCUUCAAGUCAACAACUGGUUCAUCAAUGCCCGUCGGAGGAUUCUGCAACCGAUGCUGGAUGCCAGCAACCCUGAGAACAGCCAGCAGAAAGCCAAGAAGGCCAAAGUGCAGACGGUACGACCUGUCGAGCGCUUUUGGCCUGACGCCAUCGCAGCCCUGCAGCCUCGACCAUCAAGUCACAAUGGCAUGGCCUCAGUGUCUUCUCCGAGUGCCCACGGCAAGCCUUCCACCAGUGGUACAAGCCUCUGCUCUGAAGCAUCUGAUGACAGUGCCUGCGGAGGAGACACCGGCCACUCGGCAGCGGAAGACGAAAGCAGGGACCAUGGCACCGGCGGUGGCAGCAGUGGCAAGGCCUAGCAUCAAACAGCUCUGCCUUUUAAUUAACGAGCCAUGGCCAGUGCAAAUCAAUGGCAACAGCGCUGGUCCCUUAACAACAUCUCAUCUAGGAACCUGAUCUUCUUAUAGUUCAUCCCCGCUACGUCUUGUAUGCAUUUGAGUAGUCUGUACUUCUUUUCUUUCCAUUUGAGUUCUCGCUGCAGUCCUCUAUAGACUAGCUCCCAUCAUUUUGCAUCGGGUGGCAUUGCACUACUGAUUUCACUCGACGCAAGGAGUGGGCUUCUGUUCAGUCGUGGCGUGGCUCACUUUGUAACGCUUGCCGCUUUUGAGAUUGCCUUAGAGGUGCCUCUUGGUGAGUGAACUGCUUCUUCCUCCACGUGAAUGAGUGAUCCCCAAAGGGAGGGUCAGUUCUCUGCACAGCUUUCUUUUCCCUGUCGGCGUCAUUCGGGGGCAAGCUUUAGUUUUGUGCCAUAUUGUAAAGGCAUUUGUAAUGUGCUUAGCUGCCAGGUGCUCCCUUAUGCAGAUCUGCAGUGCAGAACUUGAAAGUCAUUUACAGAUAAAUGUCUGCCAUUCUUAUACCAGCAGGCAUGAAUGCUGGUUGACAACAUGUCAUCAUCAUAAUAAAAUAAAAGCAAACAUCUGUACAGGCAGACUCCAGCCAUGCUGAAAGCGUGUCCAGUGCUGCACAAUGGUAAUAUAGUACUCAGUAAACAGAAAUCUCUUUAGUGGAAUUGCCGCUUAAAUGGAAGAACUGCCUCUGAUAUGAUUGGUUUCGUACUUGAAUGCUGCAACCCAGUUCAUCUCCCAGUAAAUGGAACACCUCUUAAGGGGGACGAGGGUCUUAAAAUAGCAAAAAAUCGUAAAAAUUGUCAACUUUUAGAAAUCGCUAUUUCAGGUAUUUGUAGUCCAAAUUAUGCUCCGGAAAAAUACUAUGUUAUGGCAAAAAGGCCUUUCUUUUUCUUACAUGCUCAAAAAAUUAAAUUUAAAAUGUUUUUAAAUCUUGAAACGCAAUUUUCUCAGCUUUGUUAUUUUUGUGAAGUGAAUCUGCCUUACGGAAGUUUUGAGGAGGUUUCUAUGAACAUGUUUAAACAAACUUGGUAUCAUUUUUUUCAGCAGCACCUGAACUACAGGCUAAAGCUUUUCUUUUUUUCUGAACGUUGAUGCAAUUGUAAUUAUUUGAUAAGUACCAGCUAAUUACUGGAAGCUAACUUUUACCUUCCAAGUUUGAAAAUUAUUUCUGAUCGAAGAAACAGCUGUUUUGACAUCUAAUUUGCUUUAGCCUGUGAGGUGGACCUUUUAGAAGAACCAUGUAGUCCUGAAAAGUAACUUUUUGUAUUCUAAGUUACCAUAACAAACCGUAAGGAAUUACCUAAUUACAAUGAGGAAAUUUGUCAUAACUUCCUUUCUAAAUGAAAUAUUUGAAAUAUGUUUGCAGAUUUGAAAUCUCCAUUCAAUUAUACACAUGCACGCCAGUUUUCAUUAAGAUAGGACAAUAAAUAAAAAAAGUUUUUUCGAGACCCUCAUCCCCCCUUAAACAGAACAUAUUUUCUUGGUCUUUUCAGGUUGUGUCUACUGUAGUCUAGUUUUCCAUGCUUUUACUUAGUUAAAAUAAUGUAAUGCACAAACAGCCAGCCACUUUGCUGAACAUUAAGGCUAAUAGCUGGAGUGGAAGAACAUUAAAACAGGCAUUGUUGCACCUUAUAUAGUAAUGGGAAUGCAAUUGCAGACUUAUUCUUUGAACCUGAAUGGAUGCCAUGAGACUGUCUCAAAACCACUUCUUGUCAGUCAGUGGCAGACAAUGUGCACACAUAACCAGCAGCUUGUUCUCUUUGCGUGAUGGGGAUGACAGCCCGCAUGGUUUCUGUUAUAUAUAUAUUCUGGUCAGCACUGAUGCAUAAAAUUUCUCUAGAUGCUUUUUGGUGUCACUUCAAUCACAGUUGUGCCACUGCACACAAAAGAGCAUGCGGAAACAUAAGUUGCCUUAAUUAAGGAGACAAAUGCUGCCAGUUUUAUCAGCUAUUGAGACACUGAUAUUGAUAAUGCAUGGCAUCGCGGUGCUUGCCUGUCGUUGUUUCCCUGGAAUUGUGGCAGAAUCGUGAUCAGGCGUUGCUGAAAAUCAUGGCCAUUCAAGUUACAAACUGCAUAACACAGCGAACCAGCUUCUCUGGUUACUUUCAACAACCCAAAUUUCCUUGGAUCCCGUUUUUUUAUAUGUUUCGUUAACUUGAAAACCCACUUAAUUAGAAGGUUUUUGCUGAUCCAGUGACUUCGAAUUCAUGAGGUCUUUGCUUGUACUUUUAUUUUUACACAACAAAUAUUUACUAGUCAUGAAUUGCACUAAACAGUUUAACUGUUUCAUUUGUCUCACUUAGGCAGACGAUUCCAGGCAGGCGUACAAAAGGUUUGAUCUGAGUUACUCGUUUAAUGUGUUUUUUAUGAUAGCAGGCAUUUGGCUUUUUGCAGCUUUUGCGGUACUAUAUAUUGGCUUCUAAAUCUUCCAUAGCUAAAAAUAUUUUGUGCUUCUUGUGACAUGACAAAAUGCAGUCAUUCAUUCUCCUUAAGCAUUGCUCAACAUAGGCACACAUGCAAAAAAAAGGGCAUUUUGUUCAUUGCAGCCUCAUGUACUCAUAUGAAAUUGGAACAUAGCAAAUAAAAGGCCUCUGCUGAGUCUUUUCUUUUUAGUGUGGCCAUCCCGACAAACGCAGUCUUUUUGUGUGUAUGUAAAAAAUGUUUUCCAUUGAAACUAUGGCUUGAAGAGUCUUCCUUUAGAAGUGCAUUCUUUCAAAUUCAUUACAACGUGAUCUUGAUGUCAAUCAUUUCUCAAAGUGUGCAACAGCCGAGUGGUGGAGGUUUCGCAGAUGUCGUUCUUGAGGCUCAACUUUGGCCUAUUAGCGUGGGGAAGUAUGCGCAAGCACCCCCCUGUUGCUAAUAAAUCGCCACAGUUUAAGCAUAGUGCCUGAAAUAUGUAGCAGCUGAGCUAUGAUGCCUAUCAACACACCGAGCGUUGCAUAGAACAUUGAUACUUUUUACUUCACUUCCUUUGUUUCUUUGUCGCCAUAACCCUUGUACGUGAAGCUUCUUGGCGCUGCUCAUAUCGUUAAAAAUGUGAGAUUUUGUGAGACAUGGCAGUUAUGUCAGUGGGUGGCGUUCUGUUGGCGUUAUUAUGCAUGCCAUGUCUUCCAUUCAUGACCCCCCCCCCCCACCCCCCGCCUCCUGCCCCAUUUUUAUUGUGCAUAGAUUGUGUAAUAUAUACAACAUCUUCGGCAUUUCGCUCUGGCAGCACCGACAGGGACUUUGGUGUACAACACUGCACUACCAUAUUUCUGCUGUGUGUAACGUUUCCAUUUUGUACAGUCACCGUUCUUUUGGCACCCUCACAAUGUGUUUUGUGUUGGGAGCAUGUUUAAACCAAGGGUUCCACGAUGAACCUGAUAAUAAUUGCUCAAGGCUUCCCGGUUGAAGUGUUCUUUUCAAGCGCACAUGUGUUUUAAGUAUCUGCACAGUUUUGGUUUUGAUUGUAGUUAUAUAUCUACAUGUCAUGGUGGUGUCCUUUUUAAUAGUGGAGCUUUGUUAAGUUUUUUCUUUUGAUGGUGUGUCACUUGUGUCAGUCAUUUAGAAGUCACGUUAGACCUUUCUUUGUUGCAUUCUCUCUUUUUUUUGUGUGUGUGCAGAUAAGAAGCAGGCUGCACAGUGCUCAACAAUGUGCAAGUGGAUUUUGUAUCAUGACAGUGCACAAUGUGAUCUGUGUCUUUCCACACUGUGUGAUGUUUUUUAAUUUAUGUUUUUUAUGUGUGUGUUUUGUUUUUUUGCUGAUGUCUUGAGGCAGUAGGGAAACAUUUGUUUUCAAUCCAGUACGCAUUUUUUUCACAGUUGUUACUGUUUCGUUAUUUGUCCCUUUAGUGCCAGGAGCAUCAAACUGUGGCAAAAAGGGAGAGAUGAAGAAAAACAAACUUGAUGCCAAGUUGCGCAAUACAGAGCAAGCAUCCGAAGCAGUUGUACAUUGCUGUGUUAUUUCGAGUUGUACAAAGCACGCGAUAAAAGUGCACGGCAAUUUUCCUCGAUCAGCCUUUUGGUAAUAGCCACAGCGAGACGCAGUUCUGACCGCGUUAGGUGCCAGGAUAGCCCCAUGCGAAGCUUGGAGAUAGCCAUCCAUGGUUAUGUGUCUCCCAGUUGUUAUAAGUGCAUAGUGAUUCCUGUACAGGUUUUAUGGUACGAAUUUUGUAAAUCCCGCUCGAAUGCAAUACCUAGACAUUCAGAAAAAAACCGAGUGUGCAGCAAACCAGGAUGGUGUUGCCAUUCUCUUAUGCAAUCUCUUCGUAAUCACGUGGCCAUGUGCCUCGUGUGCUGCUGUUUCAAUCACAAAGAGUUCGAGUUGAAAGACAGUGAGGCUUCUCUGAAAUGGAAGCCACUGCAACUAGGCGGGCAGAGAGAGACACAACAGCUCUAAUUCCAUGAAAGAUUGUUCUGGGUUUUGGAUGACAAGCGCUUUUGGCCAUAGCAUUUCAUGUUCGAUUCCUGGUUUAUUGGUUUGCGAACAUGUGCUUUGUGAAGCAAACUAGAAGAAAACGACGUGUUCUCUGUUGUGUUCAAAGCUUGUGCACAUCUCUGUGGUGGUGUGGCAUAUUUGUUUUAAAGCAUGUGUUGAUACACUAGUGUAUUUUAGACAUUUUAUCACGCUGUAUGCUGUGAAUUUACUCACAGUUAACAAACCUUUCUUGAUACAGUGUAUGCUCAAGGCAGUAAUGGUUAUAAACAUAGACAAGUGAUCGACAAGGUGUGGGGCUGCUGUGUCUCCUGGACCUAAUUGCCAAGCUUGCAGUUACUGUUUCUAUUCUGUGGCAAGCUGUCGCUUCUUUACUUAGUUGCCAAUGUAUUUUUGAUGUUCUACAUUUUGUGACCGAAUUAUCAGAUAUUUAUCUUUCAACCGUUCAUUUAUGCCGCAUUGGCAAGUUUAUACUGGUUACUUCGAGGUAGAUGUGUUGUGUGUGCAAAUGUUCCAUGUUUUUGUUGUUCAUAGUAGGCACUCUUAUACCUUGCGCUGUUAUUGUCAACAUUUCUUCAGGGUCUCUUCUAGUGCAUCUAUUUUCUUUGAUGCCAUCUCUUCAGUUUUUCUUUUUUCUUUAUGCCACAUUUUAUAAAGGGUCUGCCAAAUAGCAAACUAUACGAUAUAGCCUAGCAGUGUCGGGAGAUUACCAGCAGCAAGUUGUAGGUUUCUAUUUAAUAUAGAUGAUAAUAAAAGACAUUAUUAAUAUA